AUGUCUGCCCUGAUGUCAAUUGUUGUGGCGAAACAACAAGAGGAACAGAUCAGCGAGGAGGAGCUCCAGGAUAUUUUCAUCAGCUCAAAGGACACUCUCACCCAUGUGAAUAUAUAUGACCGUGCUGGACAAUUUGAAACGAUAUUCCAAGGAGAACUCAAAGUGGGCAGCUAUGUGUUCACAGAAAGCAUACCUGUACAUUAUGCAAUUCGUGUUGAAAAAGCUCAAAACAUUAGCAAGGACGCAAACAAAAAUGCCGACGACGACACCAACGAUGACGCUAACGAUGACGUCCAUGUCGAUGCCAACCGGCCAAAGACAAAUCUAACGACGACACCAAUAACCACACCAACGAUGACCACAACGUCGACGUCAACGGUAACGCAAACGAUGCCACCACAGAUGACGCCAACAUUGACUUUAACGAUGACGCUAACGACGACUCUAGCGAUGACCCCAACGAAGACUCUAGCGAUGACCCCAACGACGAUGCCAACGAUGACGCCAACGACGACGCUUAAUAUAACGCCAAUGACGAUGCUAACGAUGACGCCAACAAAAAUGCCAACGAUGACAUCAAAUGACGCCAACGACGAUGCCAGCCACGACGCCGAUGAUGACGACAUGCCAACGACGACGCCAAAUAUUACGCCAACGAAAAUGCCAACGAUGACAUCAAAUGACCCUAAAGACGAUGCCAACGACGCCGACGAUGACGCCAUCGACGACGCUAACGAUGACGACAACGACGAUGUCAAGACGACGCUAACGACGAAGCCAAGGACGAUGACGCCAACGAUGUCACCACAUAUGACGCCAACGACAACGCCAACGAUGACGCCACAGAUGACGCCAACAACGACUCAAGCGAAGACGCCAAUGGCGAUGCCAACGAUGAUGCAAACGAUGAUGCCAACGACGACGCGAACGAUGACGCCACAGAUGACGCCAACGAUAACGCCACGACGAGGCUAA